UCGGGAGUGGUGCCGAGAAAAAUUUCCUUACUAGAUGACAUUUCAUCGCAAUGUCAGAUCGUUUGGGGCAAAUAACCAAGGGAAAGGAUGGGAAAAGCAAGUACUCGACACUCAGCCUAUUUGAUAAGUAUAAAGGAAAGUCAGUAGAAGCUAUAAGAAGCACAGUUAUUCCUAGACAUGGCUUACAGAGUCUCGGGAAAGUUGCCACUGCCCGGCGAAUGCCGCCUCCUGCAAACCUACCAAGCUUGAAGUCUGAAAACAAAGGAAACGACCCUAACAUCAUUAUAGUGCCCAAAGACGGUACAGGAUGGGCAAACAAGCAGGACCAGUCAGACCAAAAGAGUUCCAGUGUGACGGUCGCACAGCCGCAGGAGUCGCUGCUGCAGCCGGGUUUGCAGAAAUCUGUCUCCAAUUUACAGAAGCCGACACAGUCAAUCAGUCAGGAGAGUACAAAUUCAGUGCCAGGUGGACCAAAGUCAUGGGCACAGCUGAAUGGAAAGCCAGUAGGACAAGAAGGUGGUUCAAGGGGCUCAAGCCGACUAUUAUCCUUCUCUCCCGAGGAAUUUCCGACGCUGAAAGCAGCUGGCGAGCAGGACAAGGUUGGCAAAGAAAAGGGCGUCUUAGAUCUGUCGUAUGGGCCAGGACCAAGCCUCCGCCCACAGAAUGUGACGAGCUGGAGGGAGGGCGGUGGGCGGAACAUAACCUCUGCCACAUCUCUGACCGCCUCCCCGACUGAGCCGGGCAGCAAGAACUCGAGUACAGGAGAUGGAGCCCCCUCCUCGACAUGUACCAGCGAUUCUAAGGAGCCUUCUCUCCGCCCGGCUCAGCCUGUCCGAAAAGGGGCUUCACAGUUCAUGGGAAAUGUAUACCACCCACCUACAUACCAUGACAUGCUUCCUGCUUUUAUGUGUUCACAACAGUCACCAGAGACCCAGGGUACAGUGGAACGAGGGUCUUUUCCUCUUCCUCAGCUACGUCUAGAACCUCGAGUUCCUUUUAGACAGUACCAGAUGAAUGACCAAGAUGGGAAAGAAAACCGAAUGGGAAUGUCCCGGCCAACUCGCCCCUUAAGGCAGCUAGGGGAACGGGCUCCACGGCCCACCAUUAUCAAUGCUGAAAACCUCAAAGGGCUUGAUGAACUUGAUAUUGAUGCUGAUGAUGGUUGGGCAGGUCUUCAUGAUGAAGUAGAUUACUCAGAGAAAUUGAAAUUCAGUGAAGAUGAGGAAGAGGAAGAGGCACUUAAGGAUGGAAGACAGAAAUGGAACAAUUGGGAUCCAAGGAGACAGCGGCAGUUGUCACUGAGUUCUGCAGACAGUACUGAUGUCAAGCAUACCCUGGAUGAAGGAAAGAACUGGAGUGAAUCUAUGGGCAUGUCUCGGGCUAUCCGUAAGGUGCUAGAGCCUCAACCCCCUUCUAGGAAGCUGAAUAGCUGGACCCCAACUCCUGAUUAUCAGAAGUCUUCAAUGAGUAACAUGCUCCGGCAACAGUCUAUGGAAGACAAAGAGGACAAACUUCCCCCACGGCAGAAGUUUGUACCCUCAGAAAUCUCUGAGGCUGUGGAGAGAGCCCGAAGACGCCGGGAGGAAGAGGAGCGUCGCGCCCGGGAGGAGAGAUUGGCUGCCUGUGCUGCCAAGCUCAAACAGUUAGAUCAAAAGUGCAAGCAAGCACAAAAAGCCAGUGAGGCACAGAAACACGUAGACAGUGAAGUUCCCCGAUCCCCAGCCACAGCCACUGAGAAGAGUUCCCCACAGGAUAAUGGCCAUGCUUUGCACAAAGCAACACCUGAGUUACAUGCCCAGGAAUCUCCUACUACUUACAAUGAAGAAGAGACAGUUAUCCCUCCUGCUGUGACCCAGAGUAGCAGUGAUGAGGAACUCAGAGAGUCCACAUCUCCUGCGCAAGAGUUCAACAAAUAUCAGAAAUCACUUCCACCUCGAUUUCAGCGCCAACAGCAACAGCAGCAGGAACAGCUGUAUAAGUUACAGCAUUGGCAGCAACAGCAGCAGGUCUAUCCUCCACCUUCCCAUUCCCACCCUCAGCGUACCUUUUACCCACAUCACCCUCAGAUGCUGGGAUUUGAUCCCCGAUGGAUGAUGAUGCCCCCCUACAUGGAUCCACGAAUACCUCCAGCUCGAACCCCUGUUGAUUUUUACCCUUCAGCUCUACAUCCUUCAGGAAUGAUGAAACCAAUGAUGCCACAAGACUCCAUCAAUGGGACUGGCUGUCACUCAGAAGAACAGAACUGUCCACCCCCAGUCCAAGAAAGGAAAACAGCUUCAAUGGAACCUGCUCCUGUGUGGAGCCAAGAGAGCUAUGUGACAAUUCCAAACAAAGGGUACACUCUCCCAAAUCCAAAGCAAAAUGACACAACUUUGACAAUUGAAGGAGUACAUGCCAGGAAUGAAAGCUCUUACUCUGCCCCAGCUGGAAGGUCAGGAGGUAUAAGUGCCCAGCAUGAUCUCUUUGAGGAGAGAGGGGAUGAGUACUUAAAUGCUUUUGACAAGAAGGCCCAAACAGACUUUGACAGCUGUGUCUCCUCUCAAAGAAUAGGUCAGGAGCUUUUGUUUCCACCCCAGGAAAAUGUGCAGGAGGCAGUUGCUUCUGGGGUUCAUCAUACAAACCUCAGGUGCUCCCCAUUGGAGUCUGACUUUGUCCCAAGUGAUAAAAAACCAGAAUAUAGCAGUUGGGAUGUUGGACAUCAGCAGAAGCCCUCUGACACAGCUAACAACCUAGAAGAGGCUCCUAGGGAGGAGCAGACCUUCAACUCUGACCCCUGGAAAAAGGAGGGGAGCGUCAGCAAACAGCCUGCCUCAGAGACAGAAUGGGUCCCCGAGAACCGAAACACUAAUAACCAGCAACAGGAACAAAUUGGGAGGACUCGGAGAUCUGGUCCUAUUAAGAAACCUGUCUUGAAGGCUCUUAAGGUUGAAGAAAAGGAGAAGGAACUGGAGAAAAUUAAGCAGGAAGUGGGGGAAGACAAAUCCCAUCUAUCCAAAGAGAAGGAGCCACUCAACAAAGCUGAGAACGAUGGGACUGAUGAGGGAGACUCUCCAUUGGUUAACUCUUCACAUCCCCUUCUGACUCAAAAGGGCUCCUCUCAAACCAACUUUGGCCAUGAGAAUGAGAAGUUAGAGGAAGAAGAGAAGCCUGAUAGGGCCUGGGAGACCAAGAUUUCAAGGGAUUCCAGUGAUCUUCCUCCAACAAAGAGGAAUAAUUGGAUUUUCAUAGAUGAAGAACAAGCCUUUGGAGGCAGAGGUCAGAAUAGAAGCCGUGGAAGGGGUUUCAGAGAAUUCACUUUCCGAGGUCGGGGUACUGGUGGAAGUAGUGGCAAUGUUUGUGGUAGUGGUGGUAUCAUUGGUAGCAGAGGACUAUAUAACAACCAAAGAAGUACCCGAGGGCGGAGUCUCCGUGAGUUCAAUCAGCCUGAAGAUUUCCCUAGAGGCAAGCCUCGACGCAGAAUUGCCAGUGAGACUCACAGUGAGGGCUCUGAAUAUGAAGAACUCCCUAAACGGCGCCGACAGAGGGGAUCAGAGAAUGGGAAUGAUGGGUCUCAUCUGGAAAGAGAGGAGAGUGACUUGAAGAAAGGUGAUUACAAAGAUUCCUGGCGAUCUAACAAGAUCUAUUCAGAUGACCACAGUAGUUUGGAUACUAAGAACAGAGCCCCUCGAGCUUUUGGCCGAGCACUCCCUCCAAGGCUGAGUAACUCUGGGUAUGGACGGAGAAGCUUUGUGUCAAAGGAAUCAUCCCAUUGGCAGAGCAAAAGUACUGGUGGCUCUUGGCAAGACUACAACAAUGGUAUGUCCUCAGAUACUUUUGGGGCACGACGACCAACAGACCGAGACUAUAUCCAAGAUAAUUAUAAACAUUCUGAUUCAUUCAGUGGGAGAGGCUUUGAAGACAUUCACCUGGAUGAUAAAAGGUCCUUUUUCCAAGAUGAUUAUGUAGAUUCUGAAAACGUAGAAAACAGGCCCUUCCGGAGACGGCGACCCCCUCGGCAAGACAAACCUCCUCGAUUUAGGCGCCUCCGUCAAGAACGAGAGUCCUUGGGCCAAUGGGGUUCUGAUGAGGGACCAAACUUACUUUCUGGUCAGUGGCCAGGAAGGCCAAAGUUGGUUUUGGCAGAGAAGAGCAAUCUUUCUGGCCGGAGAACCCCCGAACUCUCCUACCAGAAUUCUUCUGAUCAUGCCAAUGAGGAGUGGGAGACUGCAUCUGAGAGCAGUGACUUCAGUGAAAGGCGAGAGCGGCGAGAAGGUGGGACAGCCGAAGCUGAUCCCCAGCUGGAUGGUAGCCUAUCUGGAACCAGUUUGGGUGAGAAGAGAGAGUUGGCCAAACGGAGCUUCUCAAGCCAGAGACCCCUAGUGGACAGGCAGAGCCGCAAGAUAGAACCUGGAGGGUAUGGGGAGAAGUCUGUCAGGCAAGGAAGCAGCGGAUCUGCUACCCGAUAUGAGACCCAACAGAAUGGGACACCUUUGAAAACCAAAAGGUCUCCAGAAGAGGCUUUACCUGGAGGCCUUGGCAACUCUAACAGUGGGAACAGUCAUUCCACAUAUAAUCUGGAGCGAGUUGCCCACGCCAACUCUGACAUUACUGAAUCACCAGGGAAGAAGACAGAAAAAGAAUCCAAGUUGGCUGUUCAGAGGGCAGGAGAGAAGGGAGAGGCCCUUCCACAGUUUGACUUAAGUUAUGGAAAUACUAUCAUAGACAAUCGGGUUUCAAAUCCUGGAGAGGAAAGUGAAGUGGGUUCCAUGGUGAGUGAAGGUUUCAUUGAGGUUUUAACUAAAAAGCAACGUCGCCUGAUGGAGGAAGAGAGGAGGAAGAAAGAGCAAGCUGUCCAGGCGCCCACCAAAGGCCGAACUCUGUCAUCACGAAUCCCUCCUCGAUUUGCUAAGAAGCACAAUAACCUAUGCUUAGAGCAAGGGGAUGGAGCAGUGCCUGGCAGUAGCCUGGGCACAGAAAUCUGGGAGAAUAAUAGCCAAGCCCUUCCAGUUCAGUCCACCAGCAGUGAUUCCUGGAGUAAAGCUGUCAAUGCCUUUACCAGCACUGAGUCCAGUUCUACAGAACAGGGUUUUAAAAGCAGCCAGGGAGAUAGUGGCAUUGACUUGAGUGCAGAAUCUCGGGAGUCUUCUGCAACCUCCUCCCAGAGAAGUUCUCCCUAUGGCACUCUCAAACCAGAGGAGAUGAAUGGGCCUGGCUUGGUGGAACCCAAAUCUGACUGUCAGAAGGAACAGGCUCAGAAACAAUCUGAGAAAAAGGAUUCAGAGCAAGGUUCAGGACAGAACAAGGAGCACAAGCCUGGACCCAUCGGCAAUGAGCGCUCUCUGAAAAACAGAAAGGGCUCUGAGGGUGGAGAGCGACUGGAAGGGAAUGUGCCACCUGUUAAUGGGGUAGAGAUUCAUGUGGAUUCUGUGCUGCCUGUUCCACCCAUUGAAUUUGGAGUCAAUCCUAAAGACUCUGAUUUUAGCUUGCCCCCUGGCUCUGCUUCCAGUACUUCAGCAAAUCCCGUUGUCAAACUGCAGGAUGCCUUGGCCAGUAAUGCAGGGUUAACACAAUCUAUUCCCAUUCUCCGACGAGAUCAUCACCUUCAGCGGGGCAUGAGCCUGAAUCCAAUGUCUUUUCCCACAGCUGACCUCACUCUUAAGAUGGAGUCUGCACGCAAGGCUUGGGAGAACUCCCCCAGUUUGCCUGAGCAGAAUUCUCCAGGAGGAGCUGGUUCAGGCAUCCAGCCUCCUUCCAGUGUUGGAGCUUCCAGUGGGGUCAACUACAGUUCUUUUGGUGGAGUUUCCAUGCCACCUAUGCCUGUGGCAUCUGUAGCACCUUCUUCUAUUCCAGGUAACCACAUCCCACCUUUGUAUCUGGAUGGCCAUGUGUUUGCAAGUCAGCCUCGUCUGGUCCCCCAAACGAUACCUCAACAGCAGAGCUACCAACAGGCUGCCCAACAGAUUCCAAUUUCUCUCCAUACAUCUCUACAGGCACAAGCUCAGCUUGGGUUGAGAGGUGGACUUCCUGUCUCCCAGUCUCAGGAGAUCUACAGUUCCAUACAGCCCUUCAGAUCUCAGGUGUACAUGCACCCCAGCCUGUCCCAGCCUAGCACCAUGGUCCUAACUGGAGGAACUGCCUUGAAGCCUCCUUAUUCUGCUUUUCCGGGCAUGCAACCCUUAGAGAUGGUCAAGACUCAGUCUGGAUCUCCUUACCAACCAAUGAAUGGAAGCCAGGCUCUGGUAUAUGAGAGUCAGCUCAAUCAGGCAGCUGGAAUGGGGGCCUCCCAGAUGAUGGACUCCCAGCUAACACAGUUAACGAUGCCAUUGCCUGGCUCUCAGCUACCUUUGCCUCGCUAUGGUUCUGGUCAGCAGCCAUUGAUUUUGCCACAGUCCAUUCAGUUGCCUCAAGGGCAGAAUCUCUCUGUAGGAGCUCCCCGAAGAAUCCUUCCACCUGGAUCCCAGCCUUCUGUCCUUCCUACCAGCAGAGAGUCCUCUCAGAUGGAGAUGAAGGGAUUUCACUUCGCUGACGGUAAACAGAACAUCCCUUCUGGAGGGUCUGUUCCAUCACCACAGACCUACAGGCCUAGCUCUGCUAGCCCCAGUGGGAAGCCAUCUGGACCAGCAGUUAACAUGGGCUCUGUGCAGGGACACUACGUUCAACAGGCAAAACGAGUGGAUGAAAAUAAACCCAGCCUGGGAACUGUGAAAUUGCAGGAGUCAGCCUCUGCCACACAGAUGAAGCGAACUGGAGCAAUCAAACCUCAGGCGGUGAAAGUAGAGGAGAGCAAGGCCUAGGAGUGCCUGUUGAUGCCUGCCAUGCCAGCUCAUACACAGCACCGCCGCUGUCCUUACACAACUGGAUGCUUGGAGAUCUUGCUGAUCCAUCAUCCAACAACUUGACUUUGACUUGACUCAAGUGACAUCUUCAGAUCUCCUUCCCUUCCUCCAUCACUCCCUCCCCCCCAUCCCCUUUUCUUCCAACCAUGGAUAUGACAUUGACCUGCUUGCUUUAAUAACAAAACAGGCAAAUGAUCCCUUCAACCCUGCCCCCAUCCCAUCCUUCAUUCCCUACUAUGACUGUUGAGUGGCUCAAACUGUUUGUGCAGUGCAGGUUCACCUCCCAGUUCCCCCUCUCCCUUUGCUCUGUGCUGUCAUACAGCUCAUUAAGCAGUGGCAGCCUUCUCUUCCCAAAUCUUUAUUGCAGCAGAGUGAUACCCAGGCACAGGAAUAUGAUAAUAGCAGGGGCAUUUUAGUUUGAAGCUUUUCAUUUUAAAAGGCAGCUGAGGUUUUUACGAAGGAAAAAAACAAAAAAACAAGCUAUGUGUAUAACAAAACAUUUAAAUGUUCUUUCUGCUCCUUCCCAUCCAUCAGUUCUAAUCAAAAUAGUUUCCUUUAACCUCUCCCCUUCACUUUAUAUGUUGCAAUGCUACCUUAAGAACUGACUCUAAAACCAUUGUUUCCCCUUCUUGUUUCCCUUGAGAUUAUUUGCAAAAAAGAAAUGGAGAACUCUUAAGGCAUUUGGUAAUAUGGCAUUUUUGAUUCUCACUAGAAAUGAAUUUUAACUAAGGCAUAAGAUGGAUUGAUGUAAUGAAUGAUCAGAUCUUGACUCCUGUCCUGGUUACUGUAGGAAGUUUGUUGCCCAGAGAAACAGGAUGCUGUUUUCAGCAGGAGGGAGAUGCAUGAGUCCAUCUGAAUCUAGUUGAGAGACUGCCUCCCAAGACAGCUAGAGAUAAAUCAUGGAUUUCCUAACUCAUUGGAGUUAUCCAAACUUUUCCCCAUGCAUGAAUGAGAAGAGCUGACCCAUGAGGUUCCUCUGGCAGCUUCUUAUAGUUGUACCAGUCUCGGUGUUUUGUAGGCCAAUUCUUUCCAUCAUCCUGCCCCUCUGGGCUAAUAUAUACGUGCACUUACUUUCUUUUCUGAGUUUUACUACUCCCUUUGCUGCUUCUCCCAAAGUGGCCUCUGGUCCUUCUGUGUUUUCCUGUCUUCUCUGUAGAGCUCGUCACUUUAAAAAACAAACAAACAAACAAACAAAAAAAAAAAACAGUGGGAAUUGAUCUGCAUAACAGUAAUGGUACACAAUUUUUUUUUUCAGUCUUUUAGCAAAAAUGUAUGGUCUCCAAGGCAAUUGUAAGUCUUUUUCUUCCCUCAGCAAAGCAGACCUAGACUACUCCUGAAUCAUAUGAAACCUAGACUCUACAGCAAGUGUCUCAAAGGUCAUCACUAUUUUUUUCCCCUAUUAGCAGCCAGAGUCUGGGUCUCAAGCUGAGCAUGAUUUACAGGGCUGAUUUUCUAAUCUCAGAGGGAGUAUGGGAUUCUCUGGAAACUGGACCAUAUCUUAAGUCAGCUGAACCACCUUCAGCUAAAUGUCUCUGCAAGCUAUGUUUUUAUUUUUUUUUAAAGGCAAUGAGAAAAAACUGUGGUUCUGUCACCCACAGGUUAGGAAGAGGAAAUUAAAUUUUUUUUCUCAUGCUCUUCCGAUGACCAAUCAGCCAUUUGCUGAUUUGGAGUGACAACUAUCUGAUACUUGCAGGUGGUCCCUAAGAAGACUUUUGUAUGAUGGUACAUUGCAGAGGAGACCAUCAGGUGUUAUGAGAUUUAGGUCCUCCAGGGUUUUAUAGGAAUGCAUUUGAAGUUUCAAGCUAGAUGUAUAAAUGUGGAUGUUUAUACAGUAGCCAUAGUUUUUCACGCCAUCUCCCCACAUAAGUAAAUAAUGGCGUCUCCUCUGUCCCUCAUGGAAUGUAGGAAAACGUAAACCCUUACAGAACUGCUAAAUUGCUUUCUCAGUUCCUUGUUAUUUUGAGGAUGGUUAUAACUAUAGUGGAGUGUCAUUAUGUCUUGUACUCAGUGACAUCUGGGGGCAGGGAAAUUUGGUUAAGAAUCCUUUCUUUUUUCCAUAACCUUCACCAACCUGCCUCUCUCAGAUCUUACUUACACCAGCUUGACUAUUUUUCUCUCAUUCCCAACAGCCUUAUCCCAGGAGCCUGUUCUCCAAAGAAAGCUCUAUUGUUGGAUCAACCCAGCAUUGGCCUGCCCCAUACAUACAUCAUCUACUUUUCCUUCUCUUCCCCUAUGCUUGGAGCUUGUGUGAGCAUACGAAGAGUCUUCUACCUUUAUUACUUCUCCCUCUGCUAUCCCAGACCAUGGUCAAUGCUGAGAUGCCCUUAUUCCAGGGCUGUCAGCUAAGGCCACACAAAUUUAAAGACUUCGUUUAAAUCUAUUCACACCAGAUUUAGGUGCACACUACUACUUUUACUUAUCAAAAUGGAAAAAAAAUAUUCUUUCAUUAUAUACUAUUAUACAUGACAGUCCUAAAUGCUAUUACAGAGUUGACUCUGAAAUAUUACAUCCCUCAGGCAUAUAAUGCCAUCAAAAUAACAGUACUUCCUGUUUGAGAAAAGGAAAAGCAAGGCAACAAGGUCACCUGUUCCCCUACCUUUUUCUCUUUUACUCCCCUAAAACACUAGAAUUUAUUUAUACGUAUUUGAUGUUGUAGGUCUAGGUGAAAAAAAAAAAGUAAAUGUUUCACUGCUCUAUUUAUAUAUAAUGUCUGAAUUAUUCUGUGCAGGAAAGGCCAAGAAAUUGCAUGUGAAUUUCAUUGCAUUCACCACCACUGUGUGACUGUUCAGCUGCGGUUUCUUUUCUCCUCUAAGAUACAGAUUUAAAGUCAGACUUUUUAAGGGACAGUGAUAGGCCUCCCUGCUCCCCUGUCCCAUUGUCUGAUAGAAAGCGGUUUUUAGUGCAGAAACAUUUUAAGGUGCAAUAUCCCUCUUCCUGUUGUGUGGUUUUAGAGCUAAAGCUCCAGGUAAUAUGACUUCUAGUCCUGGUGAUUUGAAUUCCUAUUCUUCUAGUGCAGAUGUAUUCAAAGGCUUCUCCUGGGGUCUUAUCAAUUCCCUAGAGGGAACAGCAGAUUACACAUUAAAAAAACAACAAUAACAAAACAAAACUACAGUUUCUUUUAUGUAAUUGUGGAUUUUAACUUUUUUGCUACUGUGGUGAGGGUUCAGAAUUAACUCACUGAAUCUUUGCUUAUUAAGAGUUGCUUUGGUCAUGGAGCCUCAGUUAUUGAUAAAGUGCAGGUUGCAUGAGGAGAAGGGGAAACCAGGUUGCUCCACAAGUGGUCUUAGAAAGUCCUGUUUUGCCACUCUGUCAUCUACCUGAUUAAGCAAAGGUCCAGAGUAUGUAUUUGUGUAAUUGUAGUAUGUUGUCCAUCCAGUGACUAGUUGUUUAUCAGCUACAUAAAGUCUGGUUUCCUUUCUUGUCAGGUUCUUUUUAAGUUUGGCAUUACUGAACUCUGGCUUUAGGUUUCAUCUUAGGGGAAAAACACAACGGAUGAUAGUAUAUGCUCAGAUGUACAGACAGAAGAUGUGGUUUCUAUUUUCAGAAACUAAAAGAUCUUUUCCUCACAACCAUUGCCAAGCCACAUUUGAGGACAUUUCAGGUAUCAUUUUAAAAUUUGGAUAUCAAUUAUGCCCAACAGCUAGAUGUUGACCUUUCUGCACUCCUACAUCUGCCUUCUAGAUGAUUACUGCAAAUUUUAGACUCUUACUAUAGCUAUGGGCUGUAUGUAAUGAGGUAGUAUGUUGUACAGUGUAUGUUUAUUGUAAACUUGGGUGUCAUAAAAAUUACAUACAAAUGCACUGUCAGUGUGUGGCAAGUUUUUCCAGGCACACAAUAGGUCCCUGUGGUCCAGCCACUCCUCACUGCUUGCUGGCUUCCUUCCUCAGUAAGCAAGGAAGCUGGUGCAUGUUUGCUUCCCAUUCCAUACAUCUCUUCCC